CGGUUGAUACUGAGGAUGAUUGUUAACGCACAGUUGAUGGAAUGUGAUAUGAAAUAUUUUGUCUGGGAUGGGAAUGAAGGUUAUUUUAAGCAUAAUAGGCUAUUUAGAUGCGUUAGUCUAUGUCGAUACGUAUACCGCGAUAAUUUGGUGGAUUGCCGAUACUCAUAUUGUCAGAUGCAGAUAUUUGUGAAAACACUCACGGGCAAGACAAUCACCCUUGAGGUGGAACCCUCGGAUACUAUCGAAAAUGUGAAAGCAAAGAUACAGGAUAAGGAAGGAAUCCCUCCAGACCAGCAAAGGUUGAUUUUUGCUGGAAAGCAGUUGGAAGAUGGCCGGACGCUGUCUGAUUACAACAUUCAGAAAGAAUCUACAUUGCACCUUGUGCUUCGUCUCCGUGGUGGAGUCAUUGAACCUUCCCUUAAACUCUUGGCAGAGAAGUACAAUUGCAAUAAGAUGAUUUGUCGCAAGUGCUAUGCUCGUCUUCACCCAAGGGCUACUAAUUGCCGUAAGAAGAAAUGUGGUCAUACUUCUAACAUCCGCCCAAAGAAGAAGAUUAAGGGUUAAGGUUAUUUGCUGCAGAAAUGUGCGUUGUUUAGACACAGCAGAAGUUUUGAAAAUAUAAGACAAAAGAAAAAC